UAUCACAUCUUACGAUGGAUUCGCUGCUGCCUCAUCUUACAUAAUAUGCUCGCGGAUUUAGGAAAUGCUUGGAAUGACGAUGAUUACGAUAGACUUUUGAGGGAGCCCGGUGACGCGGGAGUUCAUCGACGCGGAGCGGCAGUGCAGGACUUGGAUUUCAUUGAAAGGGGCCGGGCCAAGAGAGAAUGUGUUCGAGACCACGCCGUCGCCUACAACUGGCAGAGCGGUGGCCUCCCCAUUGUAUCCUAGCGACUAUCCUUCUCUCGUGGUUUUUUAACAUGUAUCUGUUUAUUUUUUUGGUCGUCGUUGUGGUGGGUAGGAUCUAGAUUACUGGCUAGCACCUGUCCUUCUCUCCUGUUUGUUCUCGUGUAUCUGUGUAUUUUGUUAGUGUUUGAUUAGUAUGUGUUAGCUCAAAUCAUUGGUCUUGUGAAUUUGUUCGAAUUGUAUUGGACCUGUGUCAAAUGCGA